AUACUCAUCAUUUGCUUGCUCAUCAAGCAGUACGACAUCAGCGAAUGGCAAACUACCGGAAGAGGUUCAUCUAUGGGAGGAUUUCCUAGAAAAGAGCGAUGGGCACAUCUUUGAUAAAGGACAAUUUAUAUUCCAAAAGCCUGAAUUUUACUAUAAUAGGGUGUUAUUCAAUGAAUCAAAUGUCUGCGAGGCAGUUAAUGCCAAUAUCAACACUGUAUUAAAUGAUUUAAUGGAAGGUUACGAUUUUUCAACCAGGAAACCUCGCGUCGGCCAACCGGAUUUUACUUGUUACCAUAACGACGAUUUGAUCACGUUAGUUGAAGUUAAAAGGAUGCAUGUAUUCGAAAAAAUGGGCGAACAAACACUGUCAGAAUUUUAUAAAACAAGCGAAAAAGCUAAGAUGGUAGUCCGACAAACGUAUGGUUACAUGACAGAAAGCCCAGAGGUACUUUACAUUUCAAAAACACUCUCUUUGCAGUCAAAAGCACCACCGGUGCUAAAAGCCUACGCAUAUCUUGCAUUACAAGCAAAAAAUA